AUGGGCUUCAGGGGGGAGGCGGGGGAGGCAGGGGAGUGGGGGAGGCAGGUGGAGGAGGCAGGGGAGUGGGGGAGGCGCGAGAAGGGGGAGGCUGUCGACAACAUGAGGGAGAUCUACUUCCGGGAACAGUGGCCCGUGAGGGACAAACGCUGCCGCCUGCAUAAUACAUUUGUUUGGCUCGCGCUCGAAUACAUCAGCGCGGCUUUUAAGGGUCGCCCCAAAUUGGGAACCCCCCCACCCCCCUCACCACCGGGGGCCACGGCGUGUUCAGUGGACCGCCGCCGACUCCCAGAGCACUCCAACAGACGCAGAAGUGUGUUCGACCCCACAGACAGAAGCAGAAGUCAGUGUGUUCAACGCCACAGACAGAAGCAGAAGUCAGUGUGUUCCACGCCACAGACAGAAGCAGAAGUCAGUGUGUUCCAGGCCACAGACAGAAGCAGAAGUCAGUGUGUUCCAGGCCACAGACAGAAGCAGAAGUCAGUGUGUUCAACGCCACAGACAGAAGCAGAAGUCAGUGUGUUCCAGGCCACAGACAGAAGCAGAAGUCAGUGUGUUCAACGCCACAGACAGAAGCAGAAGUCAGUGUGUUCCAGGCCACAGACAGACGCAGAAGUCAGUGUGUUCGACGCCACAGACAGAAGCAGAAGUCAGUGUGUUCCAGGCCACAGACAGACGCAGAAGUCAGUGUGUUCAACGCCACAGACAGAAGCAGAAGUCAGUGUGUUCCAGGCCACAGACAGAAGCAGAAGUCAGUGUGUUCCAGGCCACAGACAGAAGCAGAAGUCAGUGUGUUCAACGCCACAGACAGAAGCAGAAGUCAGUGUGUUCAACGCCACAGACAGAAGCAGAAGUCAGUGUGUUCAACGCCACAGACAGAAGCAGAAGUCAGUGUGUUCAACGCCACAGACAGAAGCAGAAGUCAGUGUGUUCAACGCCACAGACAGAAGCAGAAGUCAGUGUGUUCAACGCCACAGACAGAAGCAGAAGUCAGUGUGUUCAACGCCACAGACAGAAGCAGAAGUCAGUGUGUUCAACGCCACAGACAGAAGCAGAAGUCAGUGUGUUCAACGCCACAGACAGAAGCAGAAGUCAGUGUGUUCCAGGCCACAGACAGAAGCAGAAGUCAGUGUGUUCCAGGCCACAGACAGACGCAGAAGUCAGUGUGUUCGACGCCACAGACAGAAGCAGAAGUCAGUGUGUUCAACGCCACAGACAGAAGCAGAAGUCACUGUGUUCGACGCCACAGACAGAAGCAGAAGUCAGUGUGUUCAACGCCACAGACAGAAGCAGAAGUCAGUGUGUUCCAGGCCACAGACAGACGCAGAAGUCAGUGUGUUCGACGCCACAGACAGAAGCAGAAGUCAGUGUGUUCCAGGCCACAGACAGAAGCAGAAGUCAGUGUGUUCGACGCCACAGACAGAAGCAGAAGUCAGUGUGUUCCAGGCCACAGACAGAAGCAGAAGUCAGUGUGUUCCAGGCCACAGACAGAAGCAGAAGUCAGUGUGUUCGACGCCACAGACAGACGCAGAAGUCACUGUGUUUGACGCCACAGACAGAAGCAGAAGUCAGUGUGUUCAACGCCACAGACAGAAGCAGAAGUCAGUGUGUUCAACGCCACAGACAGAAGCAGAAGUCAGUGUGUUCGACGCCACAGACAGAAGCAGAAGUCAGUGUGUUCCAGGCCACAGACAGAAGCAGAAGUCAGUGUGUUCAACGCCACAGACAGAAGCAGAAGUCAGUGUGUUCCAGGCCACAGACAGACGCAGAAGUCAGUGUGUUCGACGCCACAGACAGAAGCAGAAGUCAGUGUGUUCGACGCCACAGACAGAAGCAGAAGUCAGUGUGUUCCAGGCCACAGACAGACGCAGAAGUCACUGUGUUCGACGCCACAGACAGAAGCAGAAGUCAGUGUGUUCAACGCCACAGACAGAAGCAGAAGUCAGUGUGUUCAACGCCACAGACAGAAGCAGAAGUCAGUGUGUUCCAGGCCACAGACAGAAGCAGAAGUCAGUGUGUUCGACGCCACAGACAGAAGCAGAAGUCAGUGUGUUCGACGCCACAGACAGAAGCAGAAGUCAGUGUGUUCCAGGCCACAGACAGAAGCAGAAGACACUGUGUUCGACGCCACAGACAGAAGCAGAAGUCAGUGUGUUCCAGGCCACAGACAGACGCAGAAGUCAGUGUGUUCGACGCCACAGACAGAAGCAGAAGUCAGUGUGUUCCAGGCCACAGACAGAAGCAGAAGUCACUGUGUUCGACGCCACAGACAGAAGCAGAAGUCAGUGUGUUCAACGCCACAGACAGAAGCAGAAGUCAGUGUGUUCGACGCCACAGACAGAAGCAAAAGUCAGUGUGUUCGACGCCACAGACAAAAGCAGAAGUCAGUGUGUUCCAGGCCACAGACAGAAGCAGAAGUCAGUGUGUUCCAGGCCACAGACAGAAGCAGAAGUCAGUGUGUUCGACCCCACAGACAGAAGCAGAAGUCAGUGUGUUCGACGCCACAGACAGAAGCAGAAGUCAGUGUGUUCCAGGCCACAGACAGAAGCAGAAGUCAGUGUGUUCGACGCCACAGACAGACGCAGAAGUGUGUUCGACGCCACAGACAGAAGCAGAAGUCAGUGUGUUCGACGCCACAGACAGACGCAGAAGUCAGUGUGUUCGACGCCACAGACAAAAGCAGAAGUCAGUGUGUUCGACGCCACAGACAGACGCAGAAGUCAGUGUGUUCGACGCCACAGACAAAAGCAGAAGUCAGUGUGUUCGACGCCACAGACAGAAGCAGAAGUCACUGUGUUCAACGCCACAGACAGAAGCAGAAGUCAGUGUGUUCAACGCCACAGACAGAAGCAGAAGUCAGUGUGUUCGAUGCCACAGACAGAAGCAGAAGUCACUGUGUUCCAGGCCACAGAGAGAAGCAGAAGUCAGUGUGUUCGACGCCACAGACAGACGCAGAAGUCGGUGUGUUCCACGCCACAGACAGACGCAGAAGUCAGUGUGUUCCAGGCCACAGACAGACGCAGAAGUCAGUGUGUUCCAGGCCACAGACAGACGCAGAAGUCAGUGUGUUCCAGGCCACAGACAGACGCAGAAGUCAGUGUGUUCAACGCCACAGACAGACGCAGAAGUCAGUGUGUUCAACGCCACAGACAGACGCAGAAGUCAGUGUGUUCAACGCCACAGACAGACGCAGAAGUCAGUGUGUUCAACGCCACAGACAGACGCAGAAGUCAGUGUGUUCCCGGCCACAGACAGAAGCAGAAGUCAGUGUGUUCCCGGCCACAGACAGAAGCAGAAGUCAGUGUGUUCCAGGCCACAGACAGACGCAGAAGUCAGUGUGUUCCCGGUCACAGACAGAAGCAGAAGUCAGUGUGUUCAACGCCACAGACAGACGCAGAAGUCAGUGUGUUCAACGCCACAGACAGACGCAGAAGUCAGUGUGUUCAACGCCACAGACAGACGCAGAAGUCAGUGUGUUCCCGGCCACAGACAGAAGCAGAAGUCAGUGUGUUCCCGGCCACAGACAGAAGCAGAAGUCAGUGUGUUCCAGGCCACAGACAGACGCAGAAGUCAGUGUGUUCCCGGUCACAGACAGAAGCAGAAGUCAGUGUGUUCAACGCCACAGACAGACGCAGAAGUCAGUGUGUUCCAGGCCACAGACAGAAGCAGAAGUCACUGUGUUCAACGCCACAGACAGACGCAGAAGUCAGUGUGUUCCCGGUCACAGACAGAAGCAGAAGUCAGUGUGUUCCAGGCCACAGACAGAAGCAGAAGUCAGUGUGUUCCAGGCCACAGACAGACGCAGAAGUCAGUGUGUUCAACGCCACAGACAGAAGCAGAAGUCAGUGUGUUCCAGGCCACAGACAGAAGCAGAAGUCAGUGUGUUCCAGGCCACAGACAGAAGCAGAAGUCAGUGUGUUCCAGGCCACAGACAGAAGCAGAAGUCAGUGUGUUCAACGCCACAGACAGACGCAGAAGUCAGUGUGUUCAACGCCACAGACAGAAGCAGAAGUCAGUGUGUUCGACCCCACAGACAGACGCAGAAGUCAGUGUGUUCGACGCCACAGACAGAAGCAGAAGUCAGUGUGUUCCCGGCCACAGACAGACACAGAAGUCAGUGUGUUCCCGGCCACAGACAGAAGCAGAAGUCAGUGUGUUCCCGGCCACAGACAGAAGCAGAAGUCAGUGUGUUCCAGGCCACAGACAGACGCAGAAGUCAGUGUGUUCCCGGUCACAGACAGAAGCAGAAGUCAGUGUGUUCAACGCCACAGACAGACGCAGAAGUCAGUGUGUUCCAGGCCACAGACAGAAGCAGAAGUCACUGUGUUCAACGCCACAGACAGACGCAGAAGUCAGUGUGUUCCCGGUCACAGACAGAAGCAGAAGUCAGUGUGUUCCAGGCCACAGACAGAAGCAGAAGUCAGUGUGUUCCAGGCCACAGACAGAAGCAGAAGUCAGUGUGUUCCAGGCCACAGACAGAAGCAGAAGUCAGUGUGUUCCAGGCCACAGACAGACGCAGAAGUCAGUGUGUUCAACGCCACAGACAGAAGCAGAAGUCAGUGUGUUCCAGGCCACAGACAGAAGCAGAAGUCAGUGUGUUCCAGGCCACAGACAGAAGCAGAAGUCAGUGUGUUCCAGGCCACAGACAGAAGCAGAAGUCAGUGUGUUCAACGCCACAGACAGACGCAGAAGUCAGUGUGUUCAACGCCACAGACAGAAGCAGAAGUCAGUGUGUUCGACCCCACAGACAGACGCAGAAGUCAGUGUGUUCGACGCCACAGACAGAAGCAGAAGUCAGUGUGUUCGACCCCACAGACAGACGCAGAAGUCAGUGUGUUCGACGCCACAGACAAAAGCAGAAGUCAGUGUGUUCGACGCCACAGACAGACGCAGAAGUCAGUGUGUUCGACGCCACAGACAGAAGCAGAAGUCAGUGUGUUCGACGCCACAGACAAAAGCAGAAGUCAGUGUGUUCGACGCCACAGACAGACGCAGAAGUC